AUGCAAGACUUGGAUUUUGAUUUCCUGGAAAUACACACUUCCGAAAAACUGAGAGUAGAGAAGUUCUAUGAAGAAACGUGCCAAUGCAAGUUACCUGCAUAUGAGAAGCCCUGUAGCACAACGCUCAAAAUUGAUGAUUUUGUGGACUGUAGAAAUAACUGCAGUAAACUCUCGUCCACUGAACUUGACCUGGUUAUAUUUGGAGCUAUCCAAUGUUCGUUGAACUGUCACGAAACCAGCACUUCUGGCAGAACAGAAAAAAAUCGACAGUAUACAAGAAUGGGAUAUUACUAUCACGGCCAAAGAAUCUGCAUGAGAACAUUUCUCUUUCUACACUGCCUCCACAGAAAUCGCUUCUACAGCCUGGUGAAACAUUAUCAUAAAAAUGGUUUAAGCUUGCUAGUGCAUGGGAACAAGAGUCAACUGCCGAGUAGCACCUCCGCUGCCGAGACAAUUGAGCAAGUUGUAAAAUUUAUUUUGAAUACUGCUGAAGAACAAGCCCUCCUUUUGCCGGGACGUGUACCUGGUUUUAAAAGAAUCGACGUCAAGCUCCUGCCAUCGCAUCUUACAAAACAUGGACUCUGGAGAACAUAUACGAAUAUCUGCGUAGGCAUGGGCAAACCGUCCGUGGGAUAUUCUAAAUUCUGCGAUCUUUGGAAUCAGCUGUGUCUUUUCAUUGUCAUUAUGCGGCCUGCUACCGAUUUAUGCUGGACUUGUCAGAAAAACAAUAACCGUAUUCAAAACAGUGUGAACCUACCAGAAAGCGACAAGGCCGAAGCAGUGAGAGCUCAAGAACAGCACUUACUUCUUGCGACUGGAGAACGGAACUUUUACAACUGUUGUCGAGAAUCAAAAGAUGGAAUUCAGGAAUAUUUAAAAUUUGUUGAUUUUGCAGUCGAACGCGAGCCCUAA